CAGGAAUAAUAAUAGCUAGAUGUCUGCUGCUGAUUCAAGUGGAUCGAAGCGAGCAUCAAGACCGACUCAACACCGGAUUCAGAUUUACUUCCGACGUCCCCCUCGACCGACCUCUCUCAUCAAAGGCUUCGAGCGAUGGAGUGCUAUCGAUUGACCGGUAGUUCCUAAAGAGGGUUCGGAACCUUGCAUCCAUCUGGCCCCUCCUGUGCCAGCUUCUUCGAGUGCCAGUUGCUCCGCUCACCAUGUUCUCGGCCUGGCAACGCUUGCAAAACACCUCGUCGUGGGCUCUAUCGGUCUGCCUGACCCUCCUGGCGGUCAUCAGCGUCUCGUCUUGGUACGUCUUGCCAACGGUACCACUAGGAAGUAUCGAUCUCAAGUCCUUCCAAGUCGUUCCAGGAUCAGGCUCGCAAUCGAAUCUCGAGUACGCCUUGAUGAGGCUCGACGUUCAGUCCGACUUGACGCCAUUAUUUGCAAACUGGAACACCAAGCAGCUGUACGUGAGCGUAGUCGCUGACUGGAACAGCACGGUGGAAGGGACCCAAAGCUCCGUCGUUCUGUGGGAUAGAAUCAUCACAAGGAAACGCCCCGAAGCCGCAAAGCUGAGCAUUGAAGGACUCAAAGCGAAGAAUGUUUGGAAAGUGCGACGGGGAGGUUUCAAGACCAUCCCUUCUUGUCAUCUUUCACUCAAAUACGAUAUCAUGCCAUACGUCGGUAUCGUUACACCCGGGAUCGGAGCAAGAGCUAGAAACCCGACCUGGAAUGUGACCACCGAGACGGCAAAGAACUCGUUCGGAGAGUGGGAUAUUGCAGUACCUGGUGUCAAGUCCGGAGGUGUCGGAAGCUAGAAUAUACGUGGGCAACGAGCAUGGUACCAAAGCGUGACCUGAUGUAACGGUGUUCAGGAUUCGAUGUGAUGGGAAUUGGGCAGUAUA